AUGUCCGCGAAAUCAUCUGAUAACAAAUUCUCAUCUGUUAUUCAAAUAAAUACGAUAGAUGAUUACAUUGCUCCCACACAGGCAUGUAUUAAACCAGUGAGGAUCGAUAAAUCUUUUGGAAAGACCAGAUCUGUUAAAGUUGAAGAAGAUGGUUCUUACACGGCUGUAACUGAGGACGGGAGUAAAUACUCCUUACAAAAAGCAUCCAUCAAUCUCAAUGACUGUUUGGCUUGUAGUGGUUGUAUAACUUCUGCAGAGACCAUUCUCAUAUCCGAACACAGCUCUACCGUAUUUUCUGAUAUUUUGUUGCAAAAUAAGUCCAAAAAGGUAAACGAUCGGAGCAUAAUAGUUGUUUCGUUGUCACCACAAACCAUUGCCAAUUUAUUGAGCCAUGUAACAGCCCUUCCUGAAAGUAAAUUGGCUAGAGCAUUUCGCUGUUUUCAAGUCAGUAAUUCCCUAUCAAAGCCGGAUAUGAGUACUUUCAGGACUUUUAUUGCUUCGUGUCUCUUUUCUAUCGGGGUUCAUUUGGUUACCGACGUUACUUGGGCUCGUGACAUAUGUCUUUAUGAAGCGGGAUUAGAAUUCAUAGAGCACUUCAAAAAACGUGAUGAUAAAUGCGCAGAUACUUUGCCCUUGUUUUCCAGUAUUUGCCCAGGUUGGAUAUGUUAUGCUGAAAAGAGUCCCCUUACUUCAUCCAUCCUGUCAAGCUCUGGGUACCGUGAAUUCUCAAUUAUCCCUCAUAUAUCAAAUGUUCGUUCUCCGCAGCAAAUAGCAGGCAGGGUAAUUAAACUUUUAGGUGAAGAGAAAUGUUUUCAUGUCAGUAUUAUGCCUUGUUUUGAUAAGAAGUUAGAAGCAUCUAGAGAGGAGUUUUCGGUACCUUCAAAAAGUAUUUCUGACUUUUAUGUCCCAGAUGUUGAUUUGGUCUUGGCUACCAAUGAACUGCUUUGCUUCCUUGAAUCAUUAAUUGACGAAUCUAGUGAUACCGUCUUGUUUUCUUUUGCUGAACACACAUCUGAAGUUGGAGAAAGUCAGCGGUUGAUAUUAGAGAGAUUAUAUGAAAUAUUUUGUGUGAAAAUGUCGCAGGAGAAAACCGGUGUUGCAUUUGAUCAUUUUCCUUUGCGAGUCAACGGAAUGCUUCCUAUGUAUAGACACAGUGGGAGUGGUUCAGGUGGAUACGCGGCAUGUAUUCUAAAGAUGGCAGCAGAAGAACUAUUCUCGGUCAAAUUAAAGCCUGACAUAUUAAAGGAUGAACGUGUGUUAACUCGCUAUUUACAAAAUCGAGAUAUUCAGGAAUUAAUCUUGUUUAACUCAAAAGAAGACCGUAAUUUGGCGGAGUCUCUGCUAUCAUCUCUUUCAAAUCGAACACCUUACCGUCACUUUGAAACCCAACCAAAAGCAAUGUUAAUAUUUGGGAUAGCUAAUGGAUUUCGUAAUAUCCAAACUAUUGUUCAAUAUCUGCGAAAAACGUAUCAAUUUAAAAAAUGCGAUGACCCAGAGUUAAUAAAGUCCAGACAAAUAAAAGUCCACUAUCCGUUUGAUUAUGUAGAGGUGAUGGCAUGUCCAAAUGGUUGUCUUAACGGUGGUGGACAAGUAAAAGAAAUUAUGGCACAAACAAGCGAACUGUAUGCAAGUCUUCCAGUUUUUGAACCGAUGUCGAACGAUUUAGUAAAGAACUUGUAUGAAUAUAUCAAAUCAAAAGACCCUGACCUUAAAUACCUACACACUACAUACAAAACUGUUCCUAAGAUUGAAAUCAUAAAUCCCAGUGCAUUAAAGUGGUGA